AUGGUGGUAAAAGAUGAUAAGGACAACCCAUACCGCUUCUUGACUUGCUGGAAGUAUAUGGAGGAGACCACGCCCUGGAAGACAUGUUUCACCGCAGGGGUCAUUCACCUCUCCCCCAACAACAGCGUGUACCUGCACAUGCCUUGCGAUGGCUGUGUCAUCAAACUGGACCAUGACGCAACGUUUUUCGGAGUCAUGAAACUGUCCAACACCAGAGUUAUCCCAUGGACAACAUUCGGAAACCUGUCACAAAUGAACCUCUUCAAACUGACCGGUAACCCUUUUAACUGCGACUGUGACCAGGGGAAAGAACUAUGUGACUGCACUGGGAAUAUUUUUCAGUGCACUUGUAACAUGCAGUGGUUACAGGAACAGGUACAGAAGUAUCCAACACUUAGCUGGGACGUAACGUGUGAGAAUCCAGCUAAAGUUCGUGGAAAGUCCAUAGAAGAGAUCAAGUUUAUACCGCACGGAUGUGAAACUAAGUACCACAGAAUAGUAGGUGGGACUGUAGGCGGUGUGCUAGCGCUGGUAGUACUUAUUGCUGCUGUUGUACUGUGUCGGAAGAAGCUCCGCCGUUGUUUAGACAAAUGUCGUCAGGGCAGAAAGCAGGAUGAAUUGAACAGUAAUAUAGAAACUGAGCCGCUGGCUGAUGGAGACUCCCUAUCAAGAAUGUCUGACGAGGAAGAAGCCAGGAAUGGAGAGGACGUGCUUGGUGGACCAGGACCCGUGGAGAUUGGAGAUGUAGAAGUUCUUCCGGAGAACGAUCCACGUGAACCUUACCACGAAGACAACGAGCAACCGUUUGAAGUGCCUGGCCCCGAAGAACGAGACCAGACUCAACCAAAAGUCUAUCCAGAUCAAGAGAACAACGUCAACCCAGAACACCGUUCAGUAAGCGAGCGGCUACCACCAGAAAUAGCCAACAUGGUCGUCACAGAGCAGCAGCUUAAUAAGCUUGCCAUGAACUUGGGGAAUGAGUGGGAAAACCUAGCUAUCGACCUAGGUCUCAAAAGGGCCGAAGUGGAGACAAUAAAAGAUGACAAUAUUGGAAAAGCCAACGUGUCGAAACUGAAAAUGUUGCUGGCGUGGAAAGCCAAACAAAAGACUAAAGCUACGAUAUGGAACUUGGUUAAGGAGUUAGAAGCGUUUGGUGCUGGCGCAAUCGACGAAGACAAGUAUGACUUCUUCCUCGAGACAUCCGAAGCGACGCCCCAGAAACACGAAGAAACCAGCGGACCAUGGAACUACAACAACGAGGAGAGGUCGGCCCCCGCCAGAGGAGUGGUACAUCCCGACCGCACUGCAACGUUCCAGGUGAACGGAGUAAAGGUGCACUUCCCCGAGCUGUCGGUAGAGGAAAUACGGACUAUUUCAGUUGAGGUCGAGCAUCCUGUUGUUCGCAAUCAGCGACAAAGGGACAUUCUACAAGACGGCGUGUGCGGUCCACUGAUCACUGUAGUGCAAUCCAGCGACGAAAGGUUCCAGACUCCGGUCACGGUUACAGUCGAUCUGCAGUACCCCGCUGGCUCCAAGCAGUCGGAACCAAACGAGGACCAAAGAUGGCAUCUCUUCCGACAGACUGGUACAAAGGCGUGGGAAGAUGUGGCCGACUUUAAUCCACAAGUCACAGAUACGACCAUAGAGUAUAAGACAUCUGAGUUUUGCAGACACUGGCUGGUCAAACUGACUGAAGACGCAGUGCUGUCAUUCAUGCAGAGGAUGAACGACUUCAUUGAAGACUACAUCAAUCCUCUUGUCGUCCUCGUGAUGUAUCCAGGACAAAAUGGUGCAGUGGUGUUUGACUGCCUCAACAAAGCCGACCCAAGCUUGAAGCACCUCGUGCUGAAGAGUGGUUACAACCAGAGGUGCGUCCCUAUGGAUCAGACAGAGGAGGUCAAGGCAAGGCUAGAGGGAAACAUUCAAUUCACAGGGGGUAACAGCAUGACAGACGAAAUCACAUUUCAGCACCCGAAGAGUGCCCGGGGUGAUCUCAACAAGAAGGAGGUAUUCCUCGCUCUCCGAGACAGCGCCGAUCCAAACCACCUUGGCUACAUCACUUACAGCAUCGCCCAACGCGAAGUGACGAAGAUGCCCAUUUCGGUUACAACGCAGAAUCCUGAAGAUCCAUCAAACACAGGACCCCAGCGCUACGACAACGAAGACAUACCUCAAGAGACGCAGGCGUUCCUUCGCCUCAUCGCUUCCAAAUUGAAGAUCAACCUCUUCCCGUUUGCGGACAAAGAGGCAGAAACACAGCGGCUGAAGAAGAUAAGUGAGUGGAAGGCUAAUUUCACAAGCGAUCAAACUUAUAGUAGAAGUUCUGAGGCUUACACCCUGAUUAAUGACCGUAAGAACGCAGUGUGUAGGAUAGAAUGGCCGAAUAAUGGACGUGGAACUGGAUUUCUGAUAGGCAAGAAGGAGAUUCUUACAUGUGAUCAUGUGUAUCAGGGCAUGUUAAAUCAAAGUAUAGCAAUCAGUGAUACCGCCAGGUACAAAGCUAUUUUCGAUCUUCAUGAUGACAGUGACCAUACGUUUUACUUCUCAAACAUACCGCCUCUCAGUAGGGACCCAGACUCUGGACUAGAUUACGCUAUUCUUGAGCUAGAUUCGGAGCCUAACCCUGGUCUGAUCCCGCCUUUGGGCGGAUGUAUCUCAGAUAUCACUGAAUCCACCCGCUUUGUCGAGGUGAUUGGCCAUCCUUUUGGAGGGCCAAAGAGGGUAGAUUCUGCUCACAUGGUACAUGUAGAUAGAAACUCUGCCAUACACGUGAUGUUUGGAAAGCCAGACACUGUCUCGUACCAGACGUAUUUAAUGUUAGAGGGCUCCUCGGGUUCACCAGGGUUUAACACAGACGGUAACGUCAUCUUGUUGCACAAUAGAGGCAUCCGCCCUUAUCUUAAUGGCCCUAGUGUCAUCGAGCAAGGCACAAAGUUAACCAGCAUAGUUGAACAUGCGAGGAGUAAUCUUCCGGGUGAAAAGUUUGCCGAACUCUUUCCAACGAUUUCAUCUGACCUUUUAUUCGGAGGGGGUGGAGGAGCAUUCGAAGCGGAAGAGUUACAUUAAUGAAGAUCUUUAUUGUACUUUUUGCCCAAACGUGUUAAGUACAGGUCGCAAGAACGACAGAGCAUGCAUGUAAAAGUAACAGUUUAGCAUAGAAGUUCGGCUUCUUGGUAAUGGCGAAAAUUGAGGAUUAAAUAGGAUUUAGCUACGGUACAAAUACAUCAUGGAUGUGUGUUUUUUCAGUGCUACUCAUAUGCCUUAUAAGUGAGGGAAUCUGCUUUCUAUACAACUAAGAAGGAUAUGUCUAUCAUUGACAUACAAGGAAUAAUCUACGACAAAGUGUACUUCAUAGUCUACUAUGUUUGAGGUAUCUAUCUGUGGUAAAAACAAAGCUAAAAUUAACAAAUACAAGGAUGCUUUUAUUGAAGUGAUUGUGAUUCAUAACUUGUAUAGUUGUGCCUGCUGAUUGCUUUACACUAGAUACUCUGGAUACUGAUUAUAAUUAUAACGUAAUUUGGCAUUGACUUGACUAUCAACUCUUUUUACUUAUCAUAGUUGAUGUGUGUUUAUGACUUUUCAUGUUCACAUGUUUUAUCUCUGUGUAUAUCUUUUUUAUUUGAAUAUUUGUGUGUCGUUCAUAGGACAGCUAAGAUAAUUGCUCGAUUGAAACAGGUCAAAAUUAUGUGUAUUAUCAUAUGGUAAGGUACUUUAACAGAUAUAAAAGGAAAUGAUGAAAAUCGAUA